AUGACUUGUUGGCUAGUGUGGCCCUUCCGAAGUGAUCGGUCUCCCCUGGAUAAGUGGAUCAUUGGCUUCAUUUGUGAGGUGUUUAAACGGACAGAUUCCGACUUCGAUCGUAUCGAAAUGGUGCCAUCAAGAGAGUGGAAAAGCUUCAUGGAAGACCAGCUCAAGUUGACUAUACAGUUGCUUGUUCAGCAAAACACCAUGGAUCUAUCUGUGUUGAAUGUACUCGCGUUCCUUCUUCUUGCUGGAAAUCGCUUCGCUCGAGUUCAUAGAUUCCAGCUGUUCAACGGCGAACUUACCAAAGCACUAAAUUUCUUGGGUUGUAACAAAUCUGAUAUCUAUCCUGCACGCAAAACGUUCCUCUGUCGCAUAUCACGGAUCCUUCAACUAGCGGUUUCUUCACUGGGUGCCUUUUACGAGUCCCACAAUAAAUGCACUCUUCGGAAUAUCCAAAAUCCUUCUAUACAACUCUUCUCUCAGUUCGAGGAUUCUAUACCUUACGAAAAGUUGGUGGAACGUAUUAAAGUUUACGAAUGGUCUACACUUCUUCGAUGGGGUUCGCGUGCUGGUGAUAAUUUGCGACGCUGUUGGAGCCGCUGGGAACAUUGUGAUGACGAGGACACGUCGCAUACGCCGCUUGCAAUGGACUAUGAGGGCUGCUUCAAACCAGUCACUUAG